AUGUGGGGCGAUAAGGAGAAGCACGAUCCGUUGCUGCUCGGCGGAUUCAGUAUGGGUAACAACGGUCUUCAUCAUCAUUCGCAUCUGUAUCGAGAAUUUCACCGAGGAAUGAACGGGAAAUCACGGCCGGUCGUCUUAUGGAAAGGCGAGACAGCAAGAAAAAAACGAUUCGAACCAUUCUGCUCACCGAUCGUACCACAUAUACCGAUACGACAACGACUAGCGAAUCGUCGAUGUACAAUUGAUGUCGGUGAUGAACCACCGUUAGUUGGUGGUUCAUAUGUUGGAUCAGUUUAUGGACAACGACGACGACGAAUGAGUCUUCUACAGACGUUACGUCAACAGAAUCGUCAACUAAACGACAGCGGACUGGAGAUUCAUCGACAACGAACCGAUAGUGAAAACACGAGUCCUCCACCGCCGAACAAAACACCACCACCACAUGCAUCACCGUCAAAGAAGACGUUCGCAUCGAAUCUCAAAUCCAAGCUAUUCGGAAAACGUGAAAAGCAUCGUGUUGACGGCUUAUUCAAUCCAAGUGAAGAACAUUCUCAGUCAUGCGACAUCAUCGGUCGCGCACGGAAAUCGCCAUCUACCACUAACGAUAGUGGACGCGGUAGCCAACCACAUUUGGAUAACGAUCGAGUGAUCGGCGAAACGGUGGCGAUCAUUGAAAGACCGAACGAUGAGAAUGAUGAACCUGUUAAACCGUACAGAAGGAUUCGUACUAGUUCCUGCCCUGAUCUCUCUUCAUUGCGUAUCUCCACGUCACCUCGUGCGCCAAUUGUCGAUUCCGAAUCCGAAGAUGAGGCGGUGACUGGGGAACGAAACUCGAGCCCCAUUACUGCAGCCGAUACGUUGGUCGAACGUCGCCUUAUGCGUCGAGCUAUGGAAGCGGAACGUCGUCAACGUCAUCAUCGUCCACAACGUGCACAACUUGCAAUGGACGAAGAGACGGUGGAUGAAGAAGAUGAGGAUGUGCAUGAAUUGAGAGAAUUAUUUAAACAACGAGAAGAUGACGUCAUCAGUCGGGUGUCCGCUAUGUCUAGGAGAUCGAAUCAAACAGAAGACCUGGCUGAUUUCGAUGACAAUAUCUCCACAAUUGUUCUGGAUCAUUAUCUACCGUUAUCAAGGAGCAGUCAGAUCAACUUCGACGAGGACACGUUGUCGUCGGAAUUCUCCUUGAAUUUGGCCGUAAGGGAAGAAGGAGAACAAGGAGAAAGUUCUGGAACCGCGUCGUCCACGGUACAGACAGAUCUUUCGUUGGUGAACAUCGACGAGGAGUUGGCCACAUAUCUUGCUAAAUUGAACGACGGUCGACCUAUUAGUCCGGAGGGCAUGAACUUCAUCGCUAAACACUUCUUCGAGUAUCAGUCUUUCGUGAACAUGCCUCAUAAAGCCAUUCAACUCCAUAAAACGCCACCAUCUCAAGCUGGGACCGAUCCUUCUGUUGGAUGGGCACCGAAGAAUAUGAAUAGGGCCGGGAAGAAUCAGCCGGCACCAGCAGCUCGAGCGAAUCGGUUGCAUCGAGAUCCACGACCUAAUGGCACUAAACACGGUCGAGCUGCUAAACACGAACAUCGAGAUUGGGGUGAUCGUCAUGGAGAACUUAAAGAAGAGAAAGUUGCUCCACAUAAAGACGCUUGGACGAAAUUCUUAUCUAAUGAGGAUCCUGGGCAAAGAACGGUGUUUGACAGCGAGUUGGAGGAUCGAGUUCUAGAGACUGAAGAGGAAACGUUACCCGAACGAAUUUCACGAAUAAGUGCCGAUGACUUGGAAUUUCAAAUGGCAUACAACGCGAGCAAGAGCUCUUCGGAUGCCGAUUGUGAGCUGUUGACGAUCCUCACUUACGCGCCUCAAGUACAAUUUGUAACGGCGACGGUAAAAAGAGCAAAGGCGCUGCCGUAUAAUAAUUCUCCUUUCGCCCGAAUAAUGCUUUUCGACGGUCGACGACUUCUGGAACAAAAACAGACAACUGUCAAUCCAUCCGUUGGUCAUAAGUCUUCCCUUGACACUUCUUCCAAACCAUCCUCAUCAUCCGUUUCCUCCUCGCUUAGUUCCUCAUCCGGUGAUGCAUCCUUCUCCGAGUCAUUCCUAUUCCAUGUGACCCCGUCGAAAUUGGAUCGAUGCCAUAUUGUGAUCGAGAUGUUCGACCAUGAUACAUCCGGUCAACCGUUGUCCGUUGGUCAUUGUGUGAUUGGUCGAAUGGGCGAUAUCACCGGUCACGCGCAUUGGAUACAAAUGCUCAAGAAGAAUGGCCUCCCCGUAUGUAUGUGGCACCGAAUUGGUGUCAAUUAG